AUGUCAAAAGCAUCACAUAUUGUUACGGAAGAGGAGGAUGAAAAAUUAGGCCAAAUUUACUAUAUGCUAGAACAUCUGUGGACCGGGUACAAGGCUAUUAAAUUGCUCGCUGCGGAAGCUGGUCUAUCAAAAAAGAAGGGCACCCACUGGCUAUCCAGGCAGCUGCUCUGGCUCCGGCACAUCAAUGAUCCAAAACGUAUAAACUACCCCCAUUUUACCGUUACAACACCCAACGAAAUGCAUCAAUUCGAUCUACUGUACAUGCCCCACGAUAAGCUGUAUGGCAAUACCUACAAAUAUAUCCUGACGGGUAUUGACGUGGCUUCACGAUACACAGUAGAAUGGCCCCUGCGAACUAAAGAAGCCAGCGAAGUUGCAGGUAUGAUCCAAGAUAUAUACAAGGCAGGACCUUUACACUACCCAGAAACCUGCCAGUGUGACAAUGGUUCUGAGUUCAAAUUAGAUGUUAACAAGCUAUUGGAAGGCAAGGGGGUUGAAAUUAAGCGGGCCACCACGAAAUACCACCAUACAUUUACGGCCUUUGUAGAGGCUUAUAACAAGGUACUCGCGGAAAGACUCUUUAAGCCUCAAGAUGCACAGGAGUUGGCUUCUAAUGAGACUAGCAGUAUAUGGGUGAAAAACCUAUAUACCAUCGUCAAAAGUUUAAAUAAUACCAAGACUGCCAUGAUUGAGAUGAAACCCAGCAGAGCGAUUAAACUCGAAGAUGUCCCACUUGCAAAAAGUCAGCAAUAUCCCGAAGAGAGACCCCUACCUGAGGAUGGAUUGUACUUAUAUUUGCUACAACCCGGAGAAUAA